UGACGUGUGUGGUAUUGAAUACGCUUGUGAAGUUGUUUUAACGGCAAAAAUGAAACAAUUGAAGAAGUGCUGAACAAAGAUUUUGUUCGUAUAAAACAAAUGGAGUUUUUGGAAAUCGGAAAGUGCGUGCGUGAUUUGUUUGGUAACACAAAAUGUUUUGAAAGGGAUUAAUUGAAUAACAGUGGAAAAUUAACAACAAAAAAAAUAUUUAACUCAACUUUUUUUUUAAUUAUUGGAGAAUUUUUAUGACAAGCGAAAUAUUAAGAAAAAUCUUAAGAAAUUUUACAUAUUCAUGAAAAAAAAACAUAUUCCUCAUAGUGCAAAUAGUAACUUUGUUGAAACUGAAAAAAAUUUUUAAAUCUUUGAGGCGAGAGAAGCGUGCGAAAAAAAAUUUUCAACCUACUGUUUCGCCAACAUUUUAAAAAAUGAUUAAAUGUGUUUUAAUUUAUAUCUGCAAGCUACUGCACUAAAAAAUUAGUGAAAAAAUUCGUUGAACCAUUGUUUUGGCAACAUUUUGUUAAAAAUUAUAAAUUUUUUUGAGUUUUCGCGGCAAACAAAAAUACAUUUUUUUCUUGCAAUAAAACCUAAAUAACAAAAAAAAUCUGAAGGCUCUAUGCUCCACCUAGGAACGACCGGAAAAUGUAUAACAAAACAAAAAACCUUUAACUUUUGGCUAUACCAACUUUGUGAACAAAAAAAAAUCAUCAACUGCAACAACAACAACUCACUCACACAGCAUCUGUGCGGCAAUCAACGUUCAAUCAGUGCAAAUGUGCCUCAAUCUUUAGCUGUUAGUGGCAGCUGUAUGCAGCAGAACUCGUGAAAGAAUUAAAACUACAACAACUCAAUUAAAGCCCUACUGCCAGUGCAUUCUUAGCGUAGCUCUGCUCAAAAGAUCAAUACAUGUGCACGUUCGCUGGUUAGUGUUUUGUGUGUGCGCAACACCGCAUAUUCAUGCGUAUUGAUAGUAAUAACAACAACCACAAAAAAUUGAAAACAAAUAAAUUAUAAUAACAAUAACAAGUGCUUGCAAAAUAAACGUGUCCGGCCCAGUGAAAUCGCCUUAAACAAAAGCCGCUCAACAAAAGUGGAUUACGCUUGGAAAAAUAAGCAAAAAAAAAAAGAGUAAAAAACAAACAACAACACAAAACCACACAAUAAAGUGCAACGCAAAGGGGUGACAGCAACACCAGCAACAAAAAAAAAGAAAAAAUAAUUGCAAAACAAAUAUAAUUAUCGGCAUAUCUGCUGUCACACACGCACACACACACACACAUAUCUCUAUAUAAUUUGCACUUGCGCGGCCGCUUCGCUUUCGAUACGGAUUUUGCAACAUCAAACGACCUUGUGGAUUAUACACACACACACACAUACCCACUUAGCUACGCUGCAACACACUGCCCGAUCGCCGUCACUGCUACCACUGACUAUCUGCGCUAGCAACAGCAACGUGCAACUGCACAUGCGUUUGUGUGUGUAUGUGUGACUGCAUGCAUGCAUUGUUGUGUGUGUGAGAAUAUUGUGCGUUAAUUGAAAACAUUGCACAACGUUGAGGCGAAAUCGAUCUUUGGAUUUAAUAAAGAAUUGUUUUUGAUUUUUUGCUGCCGCUGCUACCGUUCAACAUACAACACAAAAGGUAAAUUCUGCAAAAGAAUAUAUGCUCUCCACCUCAGUUGAAAUUUCUCAAUUUGUAUACACACCAAACUUGGCAUAAACUCUGGCUCAUACGUAAUAAAAUUUGAUUAUUUCUAACACUAAGAUGUUGAAACACGUACAAAUUUCACCGCUUCGCAAUCGUUCUGAUUCGGUUUCACUGCGCUCGUCCACAUCCUGCGCUUCAUCGAUAUGUGGCAGCCCGGAGCCACCUACCGAAUUACAGCGUACGCCCUCACGCGCCUCCAGCUAUUCGAGUUUAAGUGAACAACUGCCACAGACAACAAUUAAAGUUUUUACGAAUUGCUUGAAAAUCGAUAUCGAAUACAAAACACUUGGCAUACAAUGGGACACCACCAGCAAGGAGGUUAUUACACAACUACUCAGACGCCUUAAAAUGCGUCAUCGCGAUCCGCGUCUCUUCUAUCUCUCCAUGGAAGUAUCCGUGCGACGUGCUGGUGUGAAGACCGUACUAAUGCUAGACGAUGAUACACGACCGGCUAUUCUACAAGCCUGCCAUCCGAAAGGGGAAUCAAGAUUCUGCCUACAAUUGAAACCAGGCGGCUUAAUACGCGUUCACACCUCAGCCUUACAGCCCUCUUCACAAUACAAAUCUUUGGUUAUUUCCGAGGAAACAACGUCCGAUGAAUUGCUGCAACUACUGCUGUCCUGCUAUAACUCCAUGGAACCCGUUGAACAAUUCUCUAUAUAUGAAGUAUGCCCCGGCCAGGAAUACCAACGCAAGCUACAUCCCGACGACAUCCCACUACGCGCCCAAGCCGAACGCAUGCGUCGCGGUGAAACCUGUCAUUUUCUAGUACGCCGCAAUCCGAACUAUAGUCGACGUCGUCAAUUGCUAGCUACACUCAACGGCCUCACCAAUAGCAGUAAUAACAGCAACAACAACAGCACACUGUCAUCACUAGAAGACGAUACCAGUUUACUAGACAUCUCUAUAGAAUCCCUUACCGACGAUCUGCAUAGUUUAAUGGCCAGUGACGAAGAUGAAGAUGGCGCCUCAUCAACAUCCGGCUCAUCGGACACAUCCUCGGAGGGUUCAACAGGCAUUUGUCGUACACCUUCCAUGCUCUCUGUGGCACCCACUCAAACACCAACAACGAACCCUAGGAACGGCGAAGUGUGUCCGAAGUGUCGCAACUCCUUCAAAUCAUGCGAAUUUUGUCAUAAAAAUUCGACAAUGAUGCUACAACUGCAACGCUCUAACAGCACAUCGAGCAGUAGUAGUUGCUCGACGUCCAAAAUGCUGCAAAUGCAUUUGCCCAGCUAUAGUCCGGUUUACAAUAUACGUGAGAUACGUACCGCUUCGCAUAGCUUCUCGGCGCUGGGCAACGAUAAGAAACUAUUGGAUAUCCAGUUGAACGGCCGCUUCGAUACGAGUGCGUGCAAUCGGUUGCGUCCGCAAAGUGUGUGUGUCACGCGUUCAACACGCAUGCUCACCGACGGCAAUGGCAAUGUCGGUGCUGGGAGUGCGCAGGCAGGCAAUGAUGUGAAUGGCAACGGCGCCGCGGCCGGUGCGGCGGCUAACGUAGGCGGUGAGGUGGUUAAUAAUCAUCCGGCGAAGGGGUUGGGUCAUUUCGUUUAUCUGUAAGGAUGCAGUAGAACCGGAUUGAGCUAUUUUGGGGGGAUUGCGAGUUUUAAUUUAAUAUAUCUUGCGAAAUUUAGAUGUUUUUUCUUUGAAUAGACUAGUCAAAUUAAGGAAAAAGGAAAAUAAGGGAAAAAUGAAAAUAAAAAAAGCAAUUGACGACGAUUAUAUUUUUGAUAUGUGGAUUUUUUCUAAAAGCAAACGCUACCAAAAUCUAUCAAGAUGUUUCGCCAAAUCUCCAGAAAAUAUUGUAAAUUCUUGCUUUGCCUAAUAUGAACCCUUUCGACCCCGAUUUUUUUGCUUUUGCCUGAUUUUUUGCUUUAUUUUUUGUCACUUGCAAUCUCAGUCGCUUUUAUUCUAAGAGUUUUUAUACAAAAUCUGGAGUCGCUAUGCCAAACUAUUUGGACGCUUCGGAAAGUUACUUGAAAAAAAUUUUUUUUCAGGGCAAUGUUGGUAUAAAAUUUGUUCGAAGCAUUAUUUUCUUGAAUAAGUAAUAAAUAUUUAAUUCGCUGUUUGCUAAAAACAAAUGACAAAUUUCUCAUUAUUGUUAGAAUUAUUGGAAAAAAUUGCAACUUAAAAACAUCUUGUUGAAUUCUGAACAAAUUGUCUAUAGACACUGAGGAAUUUUUUUUUAAUUACUUUUCUAAAUGCCUCAAAAAAUGAGUGAGAGACGCUUUGUGCAGACUUUCAUCGCUGUCUUCUCUUCUUGAUUGGCGCGAUAACCGCUUCCGCGAUUUUUCAUCAGUUUGGUUUACACAGGCCGACAAAAUUUAACCAACAUUCAGACCCAGAAACCAGACUAUAUAUUUCCGAAGGUUUGUGAUGCGCUGAAUCCAAAUUUGGCCUCAGAAUUGCUCUAUCAGCUCUGGUUUUCGAGAUAUCCUAACCUAAAAGUGCAAAAACACCGUUUUUGCCCAUAUUUGAGGUUAUGUAGCCUUGCAGAUGUUUUCUUUCACCAAAAUUAAAGGAUGGCAUCUAUAAAUACUUAAAUAUCAUUUUUUUUCGCUGAGAUAUCGCAUUUUAUUUUAUUUGGAUAAUUAUUAAGCUAAAGCAAUAAAAAUGCUGCUGGCAGGCCUAUUAUAAAUACUGCCCUGGCAAACUCCCCUAUACAUUUUUCCUGGCAAAUUUUGGGGUCGAAUGAGUUAAAAGCGCAUCAAAUAAUAGCACAGUCUUUAACUAUCUUGAGUUUUAUAUAAAAAAAGAAAAAAAAUUUAGUAAAAAUUAACUUAAAAAUUUCUGAAUUCUAAAAAUUUCAAUAAAUUUUGUAAAAGUUAACUUCAACAAUUCUGAGUGCAAAAAGUUUCAAUACACUUUGUAAAUAUUUGUUGCUCUUUAAACUUAAAUUAUCUUGAGUUUUAUAUAAAAUAAGAAAAAAAAAAUCAUAACUCAAAAUUUUCUGAAUUCUAAAAAUUUCAAUAAAUUUUGUAAAUAAUUUUUACUAUUUAAACUUUAAUUUAGCUUUACCAUAGAUAAGUUUUCUAAUUAUUAUUUUUAAGAAAAAAUGUGUAAUUGUAUUUAGUUUUUUUUCUUGUUUUGUUUAACAACGAAUCGUAGUGAAACCCAACCAAAGAGCGUUUAACACAAUUUGAAAAUAUUUAGUUUAGUUGACUAUUGACUUCAAUAAAGUGGCGACGUAACGUCAGCAAAAUAAAUGAUUUUUUUUUAAUAAUUUCUGCAUGGAAAUUACUAAAUAUCUUCGUGUUUUUUCUAUUUCUUUAAUUCUUUGAAUAGUUGUUGACAGAAUUAAAAAACAAAAAAUUGCCGUCUAAGAAUUUUCUGUAUAUAAUUUCCUAUUUCACCGCUUUAUUUAUUGCUUCAAAUUUGUACGUUUGUGUGUCACCGCAUGCCUUUACAUCUUUAACUUAGUUCUUAUAAGUUUAAGCAAACGCAAUUUUGUAAAUUUACUACUUUAAGCAGCAAAACUAAUUCCAAAUAUAGUAGAUAUAAUAUUUUGUACGCGUAGCGGCGCUUCGAAACGCCUUCUAAUAAAGUGAAAUAUGUGCAGUUAAAGGGUUAAGAAGUAAGCAACUAACUUAAUAAAAAGAAAAAUAAUGAAAAUUUUCUCAUUAACGGACAGUUCAUUUAACCAAAAUAUUACACACAUACGCACACAUUAGAGUCUAUAGUUUUUAGCACAAGUAUAUGCGUAGUCUUAUUUAUAUGUAUUAAAAUAUGAUACUUAAAUGUAAAAUGGAAAAUGCCAAUAAAAUUAUUUCGUUGUACUAAAUAUGAUUAAAACUUGUCUUAACUCGAAUCACUUCAUUUCCCACAAGUGCCUGUCUGACGUGUUUUUGGCCCCACGCCUGUGCAAAUAAUCCAUAACAAAUGUGGAACGAAACUCUGUGUAUGUAUUUUAUACCGUUUGUGCACCCUCGUAAAUCAAUGUAAAAGCUAAUAAAGCUAACAAAUUUCUAAAUAUAUC